CACACUCCACUAUUGUCUCAUCAGCACAAAGUUCUGCCACACUGCGGGGACAGUCUGGAGGCUUGCAGUGACUCAGACACAGCCAAUUCCUCCCCUAAUAGCACUGAAUCACGGUUCCAGCGGCCAGUGGUCGCCCCUCGUCAAGGUCUAAGGCUGCUGCAGCCCCGGCUCCCGGAGGCCGUUUCCGCGCGCACACGCGCAUCCAUACGUACAGACGUGCUCGGGAUGCGGGUCCCGCCGGCGGGUACCUGGGCACUGCGCCCCAUCUGGACUGAAAUGGGGACACCCCUUCGGGGGUCCCAGGCUCCUGGCCGUAUUGUUCUCCUUCUCCUCGUGAUAACUCCGCAGUGGAGGUGGAUUCCGUCCAAGACGCCCAACGUGGCUCCGCGUAGCAAUCAGCGCUGCAAUCCUGGCGGUUACCUCAGCGGCGGCGUCUCUCUCUGCGCCUCACACUCGCAGCCCGCGGCCCUCCCCAACUUAGGGCGUUUACAAAAGAAACUACUCCAGACGCGCUGCAAAGGGAGGCGCUUGUGCCCGAAAGCUGGCGAUCAGACGGGGGGGGGGGCAUUCUGCAUGUGUGAUGUUUCUGGGGGCGGUGGGGAGUGUGUGUCGGGGUCGGGGGGCGGGGGGGAGUCAGGCAGAAAGACAGGGAGAAACUCUGCUAUGAAGGAUCCGCGAGUCCUAAAACGUAAGCUCCGUGUGACUAACGACCUGCACUGAUUUGGAGAGCGGGCAUGUUAAAGGUCACGGACAAUUGUUGCUGGCUUCAGCAUGAAUGCCUAAGUGGGAUGUAUUCUUCAGCAAUCACAUUGAAGUCUGA